AUGACCCUCCCACCAGAUACCCACGACAUCCCAACAUGUCCUCCUCCCCGCCACCCUGUUACCGCUGCCGAAUACCUCCCUCCUCAAUCACUAAAGCGUCCUCAUGACUCCGCCACCGGUUCCGCUUCUUCUGAUCAACCAUCAUUAAAGUACGCGAAGCUAUCUUCUUCGAAUGGGUCACCGCCUGCGAGACAUGGUCACCUAAGAGAGGAGCGGCGUGGGCAGGAGGAGGACGAGGGUAUCAGUUAUACCGGUUCCGACAUGCAGCCCCCUUUGGCGCAAAAUAUAUCCCUUUUGGAGGCCGCUGCGACGGCGCUCAGUCAAGGAGAAGAGUUGCCGUCUUCCAGAACACCAGUGUCGACGAUAGGGACAGCUGCAACUGCAAUGCCCGUCCGGACGCCCGCCGAGGCCAGCCGUGCCAGAAGUCGACAUGGGCGCGGCGCAACAUCAGAUCCCAGAAGACCAAGUGAGGCGCAACUGCUACAUUCCAUUCCCCUCAUCGAAUAUCUGCAAUUAGACGAGCGGCCCACCUUUGUAGUUGACAUUGCCGAUGCUGUCAAUGCCAACGCUUCUCGCCUCAACGUGAUCUUUGCAAACACGGCGCUCAAGAAUCGCACGCCUCUUUUCGAACAUGUACAAGGCCGGUCCGAGGACCCUACUCUAUUGCUUGAUGUGGGAACGCCGUUCUCUGAUUUCAAAGCCUGGGCUCUGAGCCCCUUGACAGAACCCGACAUCGUCCCCACGUUUCCUUUCGCAGGAUGGUUGUGGCAAGGUGCCCUCAUACGUAAGAAGCUGAAGGUGAUUCAUGGUCGCCAGCAUCCUUUUUCACCUCCUAUAAUGGCGGAUGGUGGUGCUCGGCCUGUUAUGCAACAGUAUCAUGGCCUUGGCUCCGUGUCUACAUCCUCGAGUGGAGGCGCCCGCGCGGACACGACAACACAGGGUUAUUUCGAUAUUUCUCCGCGCACCAGCGGCGAGGUGCCACGCACACUCAACCGCUUGAUGACGGAGCCUGUGUCAGACGUCUCUCCAUAUAAUUUCGUUUCAACAUCGCCCGUACCGAGCGGAGAUAUGGCAUCCUCAGACCCUUCAUCUGGAUCUGCGCUGCUAAACUCCGAGCCGGGGGCAAUGCCCGCCAGCCCUCAUGUUGACAUGGACAACGACUUGGUUACCGUCGACGAGAAAGGGUAUUUCGAUUGGACGCGGUUACCGGUGUCGCCCUCUCUUCCAAUGCACAUACAAUUUGCGAGAGGCAUUGACUGGGCUGGCACUAGUUUGGGCCCCAUUCAAGACUGGUCUGUCGAACUUCGAGGCAUGUGCAAUUUGAUAAUGGCCAGCCCACACCCUUCAGCCAUGUACUGGGGACCGGAUCACGUAGCUAUAUAUAACGAAGCUUAUGUUCUGCUCGCAGGUCAAAAGCACCCAACCCUAAUGGGAGCACGUUAUCGCGAUGCGUGGCCUGAGAUCUGGGACGCCUUGAAGGAAGUCUUCGACAAUGCUUUUAAAAACGCUCAAGCGACAAUGAAAGAUGACGACUGCCUUUUCAUCAUGCGCAAUGGCUUUUUGGAAGAGACCUAUUUUUCCUGGUCUAUCAUUCCGCUGAUUGGCGCCGAUGGAGGGGUGAUCGGGCUGUAUAACCCGGCAUUCGAGAAGACGCGGCGCAAAAUUGCCGAAAGGCGCAUGUUGACGCUGCGUGAGAUCGGCGAGCGGACGGCGGCAGCGAGACAAGUCUCUGAUUUCUGGGGUCUGCUGCUUCAAGGCAUGGAGUACAACGAAUACGAUGCCCCCAUGGUUUUGGUCUACUCUCUCAGCGAGGAUUUGGCGGAAAGCGAAGUUGCUUCCUCGGGAUCCAGUGGUGCGGCCUCUAACAAAGUAUGCUAUCUGGAAGGCAGCUUAGGUAUUCCUGCCGGCCACAGAGCAGCGCCUCCUGUUAUCGACAUGAAGACGGGCACUAAGGGUUUCGCCGCUUCGUUCAGACAAGCCCUGACAACCGACAGACCGAUUGUUCUACGGGUCGACGAUGGCAGUCUUGAUCCCACCAUGCUGGAAAAUAUUGAAUGGCGUGGAUUUGGCGAUCCAUCGAGAGUUGUUGUCAUAUCACCGAUCCAUCCUACUACCGGGGAAUCAACUUUGGGAUUUCUGGUGAUGGCCACGAAUCCAAGGCGUCCGUACGAUGAAGAUUACGAUUUGUUUGUCCAGCUUCUAGGUCGUCAGCUUGCCACGUCGAUUGCGUCCGUGGUCCUGUUUGAGGAGGAAAUCAAGAAAGGUGAGAGAGCGGCUCAGCUGGCCGCUCAAGACCGCAUCGAGCUGAGCAAUCAACUUUUGGCCAGGACUCAACAAGCUGUCGAGGCCGAAAACAAGUUCACGAGAAUGGCGGAAUUGGCCCCAGUCGGGAUCUUCAUUGGCAACCGCGAUGGCAAGAUCAACUUCGCCAACGACGCCUGGUAUAAUAUUUCUUCGUAUCCUCGCGAUGUGCCGGUUGACAACGAUUGGAUCAACUAUGUUCUGGAUGAAGACCAAGCAAAAGUCAGGGAAAUGUGGAACACGAUGUUGGAGAAGCGAUGUGCCAUCUCCCUGGAAUUUCGCUUCAAGGUCCCGUGGGGAGAUAAACUCGGAAACAUGGGUCAAACAUGGGUGCUUACCAGUGCUUCACCUGAACGAGAUGAAGAUGGGCGGAUCCGGCAGAUUUUUGGGUCAAUGACUGACAUCAGUGCACAAAAGUUCGCCGAAAGUCUACAAACCCGCAGAAUGGAGGAAGCGGUCGAACUCAAACGAAAGCAAGAGCGCUACAUUGAUACGACUUCGCAUGAAAUGCGCAAUCCGUUGUCUGCCAUCCUCCAAUGUGCCGAUUCAAUUACCGGCUCUCUGAGUGAGCUGCGGGAUGCGAAUGUGUUGACGCAGCCUCAGCAAGAAAUUCUCGACCUGACCAUUGAUUCUGCUCAAACAAUAACUUUGUGUGCUCAGCAUCAGAAGAGGAUUGUGGACGAUGUCUUGACUCUGUCCAAGCUGGAUUCAGCCAUGAUGGCAGUCACUCCGGUGGAUACACGACCCAUCGCCGUUGUGCAUAAGGUGCUAAAAAUGUUCGAAGCGGAGUUGAAGACGGCGGACAUUCGGUUGGACUUAAUCAUCGACACAUCCUUCGCGAACCGGCGCAUCGACUGGGUCCGAAUAGAUCCGCAUCGCCUAUCACAGGUACUGAUUAACUUAAUGACCAAUGCGAUCAAAUUCACGACCACCCAAGAAAAUCGAGUCAUCCGAAUGCACAUUGCCGCUUCAGAAGAGAAGCCGUCUCAAGAGGACAAAUGGAGGCUCACGUAUAUCCCUUCUCGAGCUCCUAAGGACAAAGAUGUCACUGCGGCGGCAGAAUGGGGGCUGGGCGACACGGUGUAUCUGCACUUUGCAGUGCAAGAUACCGGACGUGGUCUGGACGAACCUGAGAAAAAGCAGCUCUUUCAGCGAUUCUCUCAAGCCAGUCCCCGCACGCAUGUCACCUAUGGCGGCUCCGGCCUGGGUCUCUUCAUUUCCAGAGAGUUGGUUGAACUCCAGGGAGGUGAAAUCGGCGUGGCCUCCGAGAGUGGGAAAGGCAGUAUAUUUGCAUUCUACAUCAAAGCUCGCCGCAGUGAGGGCGAUGUUAGCAACCUGGAUGACAACCCCAGCUUCUCAGGAUCACACAGUAGGAAAGGCUCCAAGACAACGCCGCUGACGGGCUUGACAAUGCAAGUGCUCCAACCCCCGUCCGCAACCUCGCCUGCUUCUCCCAAUUCGUCUGCCUCCCCAAAAACGUCCACCAGCCUGACCGUACAGGCUGACCCCGUCAAUGUUCUCAUCGUUGAAGACAACUUGAUCAAUCAAAAGGUACUUGCGGCACAGCUUCGCAAGAUCGGCUGUGUCGUCCAUGUGGCCAACCACGGAGGCGAAGCCAUCGAUCAUAUUCGAAGAUCCAGAUUCUAUCGUGACCAUGUCCUUGAUGGCGUUAAGAUUGAUGUGGUACUCAUGGAUCUGGAAAUGCCCGUCAUGGAUGGCCAGACCUGCGCACGAAAACUCCGAGAUAUGCAAGAUACUGGCGAGUUAGUUGGGCACAUCCCUGUCAUAGCAGUAACAGCGAAUGCACGAGCUGAACAGAUCGAAAUGACAUUGCAAAGCGGAAUCGACGACGUCGUGAGCAAGCCAUUCCGGCUACCGGAGCUGGUGCCCAAGAUGAAAGAUGUUCUCACAAAGUUUAAGCGGGACGGCGAAAAAGGGCACGUCGUCUGA